ACAAUAUUUUAACAGAUUUUGUCAUGUAAAUCUUGUUUUCUACAGCCCUCUUUCAACCACCUUGAUGUGUGCUGAAGACCUGUACAGUUGUCGCGACCAUGGCAGACCCAUCUUGCACAGCACUACCAUUGAACUGCGAGUGAAGCACGAGCUAGCAGCUGCUCUUAUGGCUGAUCAUGAUUCUGGACUUUACUUUCCCAAUGACAUCUUUGUGGAUUUUUACCCGACUGCUUCUCGAGACUCCUUACAGAUUGAUGGAGGCAUUGUGACACCACUAAAGAUCAGUGUGUCACGCCAGCAGUACAGACAAGUUAUGAAGACUUUGUCCAACUUAUCUGUGGAGGCUGAUACCCAGUCAACAGAUGGACAAACCUUAG